GUUUUCUCCAUGGUGACAGGAGUCGGGGCGAUGACGUGGUCCCCUCUGGCGUGCGGCAUCAUCACAGGAAAAUAUGAAAAUGGCAUUCCUGAAACUUCCAGGGCUUCCAUGAAGUCGUAUCAGUGGCUGAAGGAGAAAAUAGUGAGUGAAGACGGAAGGAAGCAACAAGCCAAGCUGAAAGAGCUGAACCACAUCGCAGAGAAGAUGGUGUGCACACUGCCUCAGCUGGCUGUGGCGUGGUGUCUAAGAAAUGAAGGGGUGAGCUCAGUUCUGCUGGGAACAUCCAACCCUGAACAGCUCACUGAAAACCUUGGAGCCAUACAGGUCCUUCCUAAGAUGACGUCUCAUGUGGUGUCAGAAAUCGACCACAUCCUGGGCAACAGGCCGUACAGUAAGAAGGAUUACCGCUCUUAGACCAGCCUCCCGUCCUCUCCUACCUACGUCACCAUUCUGUUACCAUGGACCCGCCGCUGUUCAAUGUUCACAGUUUUCUCCUUUGGGCUUGGCUCUAGCCCACUUCAGCCCACUUCAGUCCACUUCAGCUGGAACUGGAAGCCUCGUCCCGCUCAGAUCCUCUCAGGUCAGCUGAGCCAAGAGGCGCUUCACAACCUCAGCUUCUUUGCAGCCUCCAAACUCCCCAAGGAACCCUUUCAGCGCCCGUCCAUUCAAAAAUAACUAUGCAGAGCUUAGUCUUACCCAUGCUAAUUUAUUUCAAGUGUUACCCUUCAGUUUAUUCAUUUAGAAAUGUAUUUUUCCGCUCACGUCAAAAAGCAAGAAGAGCUCUCAAUAACUUGUGAUUGACAUGUACAGUUGGGAUUUGAUCCAUAAAGUAUUACAAAUUGGGAUUUUGGCCGUAUAGUAUUGAAAAAGUUAAGUAUUAAGUAAUAGUGCCUUGUUCAAGGGCACUUUGAUAGUCACUUUUUCUUCUCCAAAACACACCUUCCCAAUUACUCGUCCUCUCUACCCACAAGUAAUUUAAUUUAAGUUAAGAAACCGCCCUACCACAAGCUGAAAACAUAAAUAAAAGCACCUCAUAUUAUCAAUUAGAGGUAUCUUAGCAAAGUGUACAUGAAGGAGCCUCAGAUGUAUGAACACCCCGGUGGUCAGUUAGUCAGCGCUUUCCUUCAAUUGUUAUGCAGCGCAGCAGAAAGAUACCAUACGAGCUCAAUACUGUUCACCUCUCGUGUCAGAAGUGCGCGCUCGAGUCGUGAGAUAACAAUUUUUUCUCAUGACCUUUAGCAAUGACAAUGCUCUUGACUUUUUUGGAUGAGGCCUCAACAAAACUACUAGCUUGAAUGACCUUCUACCAAAUGUACUCAGUCCUGUAUUCAGUAUAGCACAGAUAGUAUUCAGUAGAUAUGUUAUAGGCUGCAAAUGCUGAGUGUUGUUAACCAGCAGGUGCAUGUUCCUCCUGCGACAGUGUGCCUCUGUUUACUUUUAUACCAAGCACAUCAGAAAGGAGUUUGAUCAGAAAUGCUGCAGGCUUGUCUGUGAAGCAAAGGAUUGUGGGACAUUGGUGUUAUGGGAGAGAGUGAAGCAUGUCGCCCCCGUGUGGUCUUUUCCGUGAACUGCUGCUCUGCUUCAGUAGAUUAUAGAAGAGAGAAAUGACGCCAUUUAUUUUGCAAAAGACGUGGACUACUUUUCUCUCAGUUGGCUUUCAUUACGGAGACAUGUAUCUCCUCUUCUGAACCUGCACUGCUGGAUGAACCCUGCAGAAAAGGAAUAUAAUACAUCUAUGUAAUAAAAGGAUGACUGAUAUUGGUUAUGAUAACGGCAAAUUAUCGCUUGUUUAUGGCACAAAAGACGCAUAGGGGAUAUGGCAAAUAAAAAUAUCACAGUAUUUAUUGUAGAGUAGAUGAACGUUAGAACUUUAUUUUGACAUUUUGUUUAGCGAAUUAUGGGGGUUUUACGUGUACAAAUGCAUACCUUGUAUCAUAAGCAAAACCAUGAAGAAGCCUCCGUGCAGAUGAGGACUUUGCAGUACUGUAAGGAUGAUAUAUAUAAUAUAUAAAUGAAAUGUAAAUAGAGUUAUUUUGUUGCUCCUCCUCAGUGGGAUUACUGCUACAGCGUUCUCUUCAUACCUUCCUCCUCCAGCCUCACUUUACACAGUAUUCAUGUCCUGGUUUGUGAACAUUAUUUAUAGUAUUUAUAAGGAUUAAAGGGUGUUUUUUGUUUCUUGCAUUGUCAGACAAGGAAAUCUGUACUAACAGUGGCAUUAUUUAAAGAAGGCGCACCAUCCUUAUCUCUGAGCAGGUCGUGUUGCCUUCAUGCUAUUUCUUUUUCAUCUGGAAAACAAGCCAUCACAGAAAGCAGAAAUGUUAACCAAGUUUCCGUUGAGUCACUUUUCUUGUCCUCGAUGUACAUGUGUUGACUUGUAGCACUAACACCCUUCAGAUUCUAAUCAAAGGACAUUUCACCCCAUGUUGACUUUAACCAGAAAUGAUGCAUAUUGGAAAAAAGCACCAAAAAGCAGAGUUUGGCUCACAGUUGAUUUCUAAUUGACUUAAUCUGGCACAAUUUACUGACACCACAAAAGCUUGUACCUAUUGACUUUACUAUUUGACUCUACUUCUUCUGGUGGUAAAAUGUGUAAUUUGUACUAAUGUGCACUUUUAAUUGUUGCAAGUCAACAAGCUGCCUCUCUGUUAGUCAGUGACCGUACAUGUGUGGAGACUUCUCCACCCGAUAAGAGUGCCUUGAAAAAUCAGGGAUGUCGUUCAUUGCAAGUUGUUAAAUGGUGUUUGGAUGCUGUCCUGCAAACAAAGAGAGAAUAAAACGAUAUGUAUGCUGAUUCUACAAUUUACAUGUGAGGGAUUAUAUCAAGAUUAUUACAUGGCGACGUACUAAAAAAAACAUAUUUAAGAAAUGUACCUAAAAUUAAGUAUACCAAACAGGAUAUAGCAACCUUGUCUUCUCAGUCUGACCCUUCAGUUUUUUUUGAGUGCACACCAUUAACUUUGCUCCAUUCUGGCCGUCAUUUAAGAACAACACAUUUUAUGGGAACAGUCAUUCACAGCUUUCAGUUAUAUCCCCUAAAGGAGACCAAAUUCAUAUUGGUACCAAUAAAAUGAAUUGUAAUGCAUUAACACAGUGGUAUUGUAAGGGUACUUUCCUACAUUGGUCAUUGUUGUCUGAGAAAAUAGUAAAGCAGCAAAUAAAAUAGCUUAUUGAUUAAUCAGUGUCGAGAACAUUUUUGAAAACAUUUCAGAUGGUAAUUUUUUUUAUGAGUCCCUUUGAUGUGGUAUUUUUUCUGCUUAUUAGUUGAAUUGUUGCAGCUCUAGAAAAUCAUAACUUGUUAAACAUUUUUACUAUGGAGGCCAAAAUGGAACAAAGCUACAAAUGAAAACAAUAUAUGGCUAUAUUUUCUACUUUAACAUGCUUUUAACACAACAAAGAAAGUAGCGAAAUUAACCCACUGCACCUCGCGGAUGGGAACGACUUAACAAUAUUUGUAUGUUGAACUGACUUGUAAACCAUCAGUGUUUCUCUCCUGAACAGUGUUUUCUCUGUAAAUAGUCAAUAUGAAAGUGUGAUUAUAAAUAAAUGCAUUGCCAAUGGAAACAGCAGUGUCUCACUUUUGUCUCAGACCGUAUUAAAAGAACC